UGAAUCAAACCAAGUAAAAAAAGAGUCAUUUCUUCUUACGUGUUUUGAGUAUGCUUUUUUGAUGUUAUAUUUCGUAUGUUGGGAAGCAAUGAAUUUUACUUUUCUUUCCACGAUAGCUCGUAUUUUUUUUCUUCUCUGACUACAACUCUCAUACACUUCUUCAAGUGUUCUCCCCACCCAAAAAAAAUCCAUUGGAUUUUGUUGAAGUUGCAGAAGAGAGAAAGAAGUUGGGAAAAAAGCAUAUACACAUAUUCCAAGACAUAAAAAAUAACUCCAUCGACUCUUUCGCUUUUCGCUGGCAAAAGACGAAGCGCCAGCACCAGACUUCUUUGAGCUUUUACUCAAGAAGGUCGCAUCAGUGAGAGAGAGUCGUGAGUUUUCAUUUAAAAUUGUACAAAUACCUAUUUGUAAAGUUAACUAUCUUUGCAAAUUUCUUUUUUUUUAUGUUGUUUUUAUUGUUAAUUUCAAAGUCUCCUCGCUUUUUUGGGGUGGUGUUUUAAUCCUAAUUCUAUUUUUUUUCUUUUUUUUUGUAUAGUUCUCGUUAGAAAGAAAAACUGUGAAACUCUCUCGGUUCAGUGAGAAGAAUUAUUCCUCUGUCGUUAUUUUUCUGUUCAUUUUUGGAAGAAAAAGAAAAUUCCCCUGGAAAAGUGAGGUGAUUGUGAAGAUAAGUGAAAAAGAAGAAAAUUGUGAUAAGUUUGUUAGAAAAGCAAAUAAUUGUGAUUAAAAAGUAUUUGAAAGAAAAAGGCAGCACAGAGUAAAUUCGACCAAAAGGACAAUAUCUCUGAUCUAGAUUUGGUUUUAAUUCAUCUGGAUUCCUCUCAUUACCAAUUUAUGGAUUUAAAUGGUCUUGAGCUAUAAAUCUAAAAUCACCCAGCCAAUUGACUUUGGAACGUCUCUCGUGAGAGGAACCUGAAAGUGCUUGGGCGCACAACUGUCGAAGCACCUAGCAAAAUACCCCAAGAGAUUGUCAGCGAAAGUGAGAAGACCUAGUUCAUCUUCGACAGACGUUGAUCUAUCAAUUGUUACGAAAUCUUGUGGAAAUCGCACCUCCCGCCCAAAAAAAAACAGCACAGCGGUCCACGUGAGUUCAGUGUUCAAAUGCUCCGGGAAUUUCCAAAUCAUCACGAGAUCGCUGGUUAAAAGUGAAAUUGUUCGCGGUGCUCAAAAAAAAAAAGAAAAAAAAAAACGAGCUUCAGAGCCCCUCACCUGAGGGAAAUACAUACAUAUAAUACAAGACAUAGCUCAACAGUUGAGCACCAGCAGCCAACAAAUUGGAUUAUUAAUAGUGUAAACAGCCAAGAAAAAAAGUGAAAUUCUCUCCAUCUGAUUUCGAAUGCAAAUGCCGAAAGAUUAAAAGUGAAAUUCAUGUGUUAUUAUUCCCAACGCGGAGUAUACAGCACAUCGACCAUUUUGGCGCGUUGUGUAGAAUUUAGCAAGUGUACUCCCCAUCGUGACACGUUAACCAGUGGAGCUUCCGUUUGAAAAUCAUUGCGACACCUGCGCAGGGAAUUAUGUCCAAAUUGAGGUGACUUGGCUGUAGUGUCUUAACCCCUUUUUUUUUACUUUUGGAACGCGAUUCCCUCCAUCAACACAAAAGACCUCAACGCUAAGUGACGAACCCGCGCGGGCCCAUCAAAAACCAUCUGUGAGAAGCGCAAUGUUCGGACCCAAUAAAUGGCGCCUCCUCACAAUUGUGGCGGGAAUUCUACUAGCCCAUGCCAUUGAUUCACCAGCACGACCCGCCCGGACAGAAUCUCACGUGGGACUCACCCUCCAUCGUGCUCAGGGCAAAAAUCCCCAACUAGUUCACAAUCUCCUCGCACCACAGCAAAUCUUCUCCAAUGUGGACAACAUACGCUUCAUGGAGGUACUACAGGGAGCUGUGGGUACCCCACAGGGUUCCUUUGGUUCCUUUCGCUUCCCCCCAACUGCCACACCCCAACGCCAGGAUAACGAAACCCCCGCAAAUACCACAGUUGCCACCUCCAGUGAAAUCCUCCAAUUGGAAUAUCAUCAUUCAAAGCCCCGUGUCGAUAAAUUCGACGAGGGCAAUGAAGAUGAACCUGAAGAGGAAACAACCACAGAAUCCUCCGCCAGACGCAGCGGAAUGCCAACUUACACUUCCGCUGGCCAACAUUACGAAAAUUUCUUCAUACCCCAGGGCUACAGGGAAGAUCAUUUGAGCUUUGCCGAAAGUAUUGGUGUCUACCAACGUCCCUUUAGUGAAGAUCACCUCUCACAUGACACCAGGUACACUCGUGGACUCGCAUUUCCCGAAGAUUUCCCCCAAACCUCUUCACCAGCCCCACAAACCUUCACCCACGAAGAAGUCACGAGAUUCGGUGACGCCACAGGUGGACCCAUCACGGGCCUCCUCCAGCCAUCUCAACCGAUGCCACACAUCGUCCAACCACCCCAACGACCCUACGGGGACUUUGGGGGCGUUGAUAAGCUCGGCAUUAGGGCAUUUGAUGCCUCAACCUCAGCUGCCGUUAGCUACGACAACUAUCGCCAUCCUCCUAGGCAGUUUUUCCCACCAAAAACUUACGUGGAAUACAGUGACUACCCAGGACCACCAAAACCCAAACAUUUAGCCCAACCACCACAGUUUUGGCGCAGUCGAACGCCAAGAGUCGUCUUUCCACAAAGUGACGGAAUCACUUUCCCUUCGGGCGGCGCCUCAUCGACAUCAAAUUACGCAAAUGAUAACAUUGUCUUCCGUGAUCAAAAUUUUGGACUUAAUGAACUAGCGGCCAUUCAGGAUGUUCGCAAUGAAUUCAAUCUACAAGAUAUUGCUGAUGAUCCCAGCGUCAACGUCGAUCGAGUCGGUGAGGGCGUCACGUCAGACAUACAUUGUCAACACGAAGGGGGCACAUGUGAAUUUUUCUUGCUGUGCUGGAUGUCGGGCGGGCUCCUGCAUGGUGCCUGUGGGGGCCUCUUGCGUGGCUGCUGUCACAGGACAGCCAAAUCAGCCAAUCUUGGCACUGCCGGCGACCUCAGCAAUACCGUCGAUCUGACGGAUCUUCCAAACAAAGAUUAUGGACCUGUUAUCAACGACCCCAGAUGUGGAAUUUCCAUUGCGAAACAAACAGCUCAACGGAGAAUUGUUGGCGGAGAUGAUGCUGGAUUUGGAUCUUUUCCAUGGCAAGCCUACAUUCGAAUUGGCUCCUCAAGAUGCGGUGGCUCAUUAAUAUCACGCCGACACGUGGUCACUGCUGGCCACUGUGUCGCCAGAGCCAGCCCUCGCCAAGUGCAUGUUACUCUUGGGGAUUAUGUGAUCAAUUCGGCCGUGGAGCCCCUUCCGGCCUACACCUUUGGCGUCCGUCGCAUCGAUGUCCAUCCCUAUUUCAAAUUCACUCCACAGGCCGAUCGCUAUGAUGUCUCAGUGCUCACCCUCGAACGGCCCGUGCAUUAUAUGCCACACAUUGCUCCGAUAUGCCUGCCGGAGAAGAAUGAGGAUUUCCUGGGGAAAUUUGGCUGGGCAGCCGGAUGGGGAGCACUGAAUCCAGGAUCUCGAUUAAGGCCAAAGACACUACAAGCUGUUGAUGUUCCUGUUAUAGACAAUAGGGUCUGUGAACGAUGGCAUCGAAGCAAUGGCAUCAAUGUCGUGAUUUAUCCCGAAAUGUUAUGCGCUGGCUACCGAGGAGGAGGAAAAGAUUCAUGUCAAGGUGACAGUGGAGGACCUCUAAUGCACGAAAAGAAUGGACGAUGGUAUCUUAUAGGAAUUGUCUCAGCUGGGUACUCUUGUGCAAAUCGUGGCCAACCAGGAAUUUACCAUCGAGUUGCCUACACCGUCGAUUGGAUCUCCUACGUGAGCAACUUAUAAGGACUUCUUUUAAUAAUUUUAUUGAGUCAUUCGGAAAGAGAAAGAGACUUAAAAAGAAAAGACACCGAAGCACUAAAUAAUGAUUUUUGUUGCACUUUUGGGGACUCUUUCUGCAAUCAACUUUUACUUUGCAGAGGAUUUUAUUAAAAAAAACAAUGUUUUUCUUGUUUUUUUCGGGGAACUUUUAUCACACAUUAUCCUCUUAAUGACUUACAAAACCACAAACUAAACAGAAAAAAAAUUGAUAAAAAGAAAGUUUUUUGGGGAUUACAAAAAAACCAAUUAAGAUAAACCUUUCGUGUUGUGAUAGAACAAAGAAAAAAAGGUUAAAACUUAAUCUUGAACUUAAUAUUUUGCUGAAAGGAACUAGAUUAUCCCUUGAGAAGUAUUAUUUCAUGGAUAGCGUGUUGUAGUAAAAUGGCAAAGGAUCAUUUAAAAGAGGAAUUCUUUUGACAAAAAAAAUAGAAAUACGAUAUAAUCAAUUCUUAACUAUGUGAUAUAAUCAAAUGAGAAAAGGGAGAGAAUGAAGAGAUGGGAAAUUUAGGUGAAAAUUGAUGUUCCGGAGAUGAACAACGACCAUUCUGGGAUAUGUUUCUGUGAAACUGAACAAAUGGUUGUGUAUAUAAUUUAUUAAUGUUAAUUAUCAUGUUUGUAAAUAAUUUUUAAAGAAAAAAAAACUCUCUAACUUAUAAGAUGAUCAAUCAAAAAGCAAUGUAAAAAAAACACAAGAUUGUAUAAACACCCGGAAUUACGGCACAAAUUGAGAAGAUUAUCGAUGAAAAUUUCACCAAAAAAAAGAACCUCCAUUUUCAAUAUUGUUACCAAUUUCACCCUUUUUGCAGUGAAAUGAAACAUGUUUAUAAAAUGGAUUUCCAUCGAACCUAUUCCGAAGAAUAAGUAUUGAUUGUUUCCUUCCUCUUCUCAAACAAUUCAACAAAUUUGUGUUUUCCAUAAAUUACAUUUAAGAAAGAGAGAUAAUCAAGCAAUUAAACCAAUUGAAAAGCAAUCAAAUUGUGAGGAAAAGAACAACAAAAAUAGCAAUAUUAUUGAGGAAGAGAAAAUUGUGUAAAAUAUUUUGUACAUAAACCUCCUUAAUUGAUAUAAAAAUAAUUACAGUCCAGUCA